GUCGCGGCCGGGCAAGCGUGGGAGGAGGCCCGCAGGGCGAGCUGGCUUCCUCCGGGCCGGUAGCGGGGUGAAGGGGAGCCUCCGAGGCGCGAGCUGGAGGUGGCCGUGGCUCCCGUCAGCCUCCGGCAAGACUGAUCGCGGGGAGGCGGAAAGGCGGGCGGGAGGCCGGAGAUUCUUUAAUGAAAAGUGCCAUAAACUAAGAAACCAAACAUGAGGGUAGCAGGAGCUGCAAAGUUGGUGGUAGCUGUGGCAGUAUUUUUACUGACAUUUUAUGUUAUUUCUCAAGUAUUUGAAAUAAAAAUGGAUGCAAGUUUAGGAAAUCUAUUUGCAAGAUCAGCACUGGACACAGCUGCUCGCUCUACAAAGCCUCCCAGAUAUAAAUGCGGGAUCUCCAAAGCUUGCCCUGAGAAGCAUUUUGCCUUUAAAAUGGCAAGUGGUGCAGCCAAUGUGGUGGGCCCCAAGAUCUGCCUGGAAGACAAUGUUUUGAUGAGUGGUGUUAAGAAUAAUGUUGGAAGAGGCAUCAAUGUUGCCUUGGCAAAUGGGAAAACGGGGGAAGUACUGGACACAAGAUAUUUUGACAUGUGGGGAGGAGAUGUGGCUCCCUUUAUUGAGUUUCUGAAGGCCAUCCAGGAUGGGACAAUAGUCUUAAUGGGCACAUACGACGAUGGCGCUACCAAACUCAAUGAAGAGGCACGAAAGCUAAUUGCAGAACUGGGGAGCACAUCGAUUACUAACCUUGGUUUUAGGGACAACUGGGUCUUCUGUGGUGGGAAGGGCAUUAAAACAAAAAGCCCUUUCGAACAGCAUAUUAAGAAUAACAAGGAUACAAACAAAUAUGAAGGGUGGCCUGAAGUUGUAGAAAUGGAAGGAUGCAUCCCGCAGAAGCAGGACUGAAGACUGGAGAAAACUGACAGAAAUGCACUUUCACUGUUAAUGGGAGAGCUGUAAAGAAGAAACUACAUGUAUAUAUUUUAAUAGCAUGCAGCCAUCUUGGUGUGUGCAUGAGCAUUGUCUCUGUUGAUAUUGGGAUUAUUUAUUGCUGACAUAAAAAGUUAUCUUUGUAAAUAGUCCUCAUCUGGAACAAAUCACUGAACCAUUUUUAAGCACAUUUCCCUAGAAGUACAAUGUUUAGAUUGUUAUGGUAAUAAUACACUCAGUGGAUUACUGAGCAGAUUGUCAAAAUUAUGUGUCUACAUAUAUAUAUAUACACAGGUAUGCAUAUAUAUAUGUACUAAUAGCUGUGAAAAACUUAUCAUGGAACAAUAGGCUUUUAGGGAGGAGAUAUAGAUACACACAUGCGUGUAUGUGUCUGUAUAAAUAUAUUUAUAUAACUAUCUGCUUUGUGAUGAUAAUAUCUUUUAAGUUAAAGAUAUUUGACUAGUAGUAUAUGUACUGUUACCUUACCAACCUUACAAUCUGACUUCUUCUGAUGUCUUUCUUUUAUUUUUCUUUCUUAAGAACCAAGAAAUAAAAUGUUUGAUAUGAAGACUUAUAUCAGAUUUGUGAGAAGCACAACCAAUUUUUUUUUUUAAUGCACACAGUCAAAGUCAAUAUAUAAAGGUGAUGUCAUUCAGGACGGUAGCCCUGGACUUUGUGUUAGCAGUGAUAAGCUUUACAGAGCAAGGCUUCAGGUGGGAUAUGUUGCAACAUGGCAACACGGGAGCCAGACCAUAUCCCCUCCUCAACCCUAGGAGGCCAUUCAGGAGAAUGAAGGCAGUGAACGUAUGUUCAGCCCCACAAGCUCAUUUCCCUUAUGUCAUUGUUACCAGCACUGGCCAGGUUGUUUGAACAGGGGCAUUCUCUAGUGUCAUAUUAAUUUUAAUUUGUCAACCAACAAAUUCUGUAUUUAUGUCAUCUGACUAUGUAAUUGUUAUUAACUGAAGCGAUAGUGUCAUGUUUAGAAAAUUCAAGUAGAGUCAUAUUUAAAAAGUAAUUGUAUUUGUUCCCAAAUGGCUGUAUGCUUAAUUCUAUAUAUAUUAAAAAAAAAAAAAAAAGGAGAUCUAACUUUUCCUGUCACAAGUUUACUACAAGACUACAUUUCCACUUCUUUAUAAAUUUCUUUGGGGCAUUAAAUCAUCCUGUUGUGUGUGAGUAUUACACAGCUCUUGUCUAUGAAGUAUCCCAGAGUGUAGACUGAUCAACCUGAUUAAACUACCUUUUCCAGAAGAAGGCAGUGCUUAAAUUCUGAACCUACGUUUUAGAUGGUUUG